AUGGACCUCUCACGGCAAGAGUACCCAACGCUGCUGGCCACCCUGCAACCCGGCCAAGCUACGACCGUUCUCAACGAUCGCAUUCGAGUAAUUAAUAAAAUCAAUACGGACAUCGCGGACUACCUUCAGGAGCGACGUCGCGUUGAAGAAACAUACGCCCAAGGCCUGCGGAAGCUGGCGCAUCGACCACAGUUGGACAAUGGGGCUGCUCUAGGCAUUUUCCAAAUUCCCUGGCAACGCAUCAUCAAUGCCACCGAGGCGCUCGCUGUGUCGCACGAGACCCUCGCCAACAAGAUCGAAGAGGAUGUCGAGCGACCAUUGAGAGAGUUCCACAACAAGAAUCGGGAUAUGCAGUCGAUGCCCGGGAUCCAGAGCAAUCUGGCGGGGUUGGCCAAGAAUGUGGAGACUGCGCAGAAGAAAGUCGAUAAGGCUAAGUCAAAGGGCACCAAGGGUGCAGACAAGCUGGCCGCUGAGAUCGCAAAUGCGGAAGAAGUCCACCAGCAAUGGGAAUCUCGAGCACCUUUCGUUUUUGAACAACUCCAGGCUGCCGAUGAGACCCGGCUCAACCACCUUCGGGAUGUGCUAACACAACUGGAGACUCAUGAGGUGGACCAAGUAGAACGCGGUCGCCAGGCUGCUGAAACUUGUCUGAACAUCCUCCUCAAUGUGGAAACAGCUGAUGAGAUUAAGACUUUUGCUGCAAAGAUGGUAGGAACACGGGUCCCUCCCUCGCCGGCUGUCUCCCGGAGGCACACAGAGCGGGCGGAAACACCUUCUGGACCUGAUCCAGGCCCUGAGCGCGCAGCCACUGCGCCUCUUGAGCAGGUGAUUUCUCCGCAGGCAGAGUCACCCCUUCCGCCUACUCCGCGUGCUCAGGACGAUGCCGCCAGCCAGUAUUCAGAGCCAUCUGAGAGAGCUGCUGCUGCUGCUGCACAGACACCGCCAGCACCAGAAGCACAGCCACGGCACACUCCCCUAGGAGGUCUGCGACGACUAGGCACAGUCAUGAACCGCCGGAAGAGCGUCGUCGGUCCUUCAGCAGGCACUUUCGAUCGAAAGGCCGAAAAGAAGCGUAGUCCUUUCGCUGCCUUCAAGCGGGCUGACUCUUCUCGUGAUAUGCAAAUCCCCGAAUCACCACCAGGAACCGCCUCUGGUCGCCCGGACACAUCCUCCGCUGAUCACUCGUCCUUCCGAAACCCCAGUAUAUCGCAAGAUCACUCUCAGCUGGAUGCGGCUGCUGUGAUUUCUGAGCCCCGUGCCGAGGCCACCACAAAUGGAGCUAACCACGAAACUCAGGCUGGGCUGCUCAACAAUCAUGCCAAUCAGCCGCAGGUUGACUCGGAAGGAUUCACAGAGCGUCCCUCAACCAUCGAUGAGAUCACACGUGCUCAAAAUGAGGCAGCUGGAAUUGAUGAAUCUGCCCUCAACCUCACAAUCAGGGAUCAGCCCAUCUUUGAGGAUGAAAGCCAGGCAAAGCAGGCGAUGGAUGAUAUGGCAAAUACCCUACGAAUGCGCGCCCCUACAACAGGAGUCAGACGCAACGCAGGCACUAUUCGCGGCCGUCGCGAUGUUCGCAACACGGUCUUUAUUCCUUCGCCUGGUAAUGAGCUUCCACCAAGUUCAGCAGGGUCAGAGUCACAGCCACCCACUUCCCCAAUCAGGCACAUGACUUCUCCAAGCAUCGCGCCCAGUGUUGCAACAACGGAGGAUCACGCCAUGUCUGAUACUACGUCUGUUCGAUCUGGACACGGUACUUCCGGUCCAGGGCCUUCAGUGCAUCCCGACCUAUAUGAAUCGGGUCUAAACGCCUCCAUUAUUGAAACUGUCAGUGCAUGGUUCUCCGAGGGCCGUGUUACCAAGUCUUCGGUUGUGGGUGAGCUUGCUCUGGCAAAUAACCCUGCACCCGGCUCUGUUUCAGAUAAGACACGCAUUCGCCUUGACAACUUCCAGGUCUUGGAGAAGGUGGCGGCAAACCCUCACUUCGUCCAGGAGGCCGCCAAGGAUCCCACAGAUGAAAAGCGCGGCCAGUACGAUGUUCAGCUGGGCAGCAUUUCUCGCCCCAUGCCCACGGUUGCGUUCAAAUACCAACUCCACCUCGACGCGACCAACCCCUCUGCUUACUGUCCUGUGAUAUUCAAUCCAGUUUGGAACAUCGAAGAGCUCCAAGCUAGCGCAAUCAUCUACUAUUCGCUUAAUCCAGCAUUCAUCUCUCACCCGGUCGAGUCAAUCUCUCUCAAGAACCUGGUCUUGACUAUCAACCUGGACACUGCCGCCGAAGAUGAAGUCACCAAGCAGCCGCGGGCGUCUGUUGCCCACGCCACCAGCGCCGCGAUGUACCCUAACACGGGCGCAGCAUUCCGCCGCAAGACCUCCACUGUCACCUGGAGAAUUCCUGAGCUGGAGAUCAGGGCCACAGCACCAGGCGCAGAAGGCAAAUUCCUCGUCCGAUUCACGACUGCAACUCCAGGUCCCCGAAAGGGCAACGUCGAGGCCAAGUUCGAGCUCCGCUCCACCGAGUCUGCCUCCCAGCUCGGUAUCAGUCGUGCCACAUCUGGUGGAGAUCAGGAAGAAGAUCCCUUCGCUGAUGAAGAUCGUGAGGUCCAGCCCUCAACUUCAUGGCUGGCUGUUCCGACUGCUCGUAAGUUGAUUAGUGGGAAGUAUGUCUCUUCCUAG